GGAAUCGGCGAGGACACUUCCCCCACCCAACGCCUUUCUCCCUCUCCACCAUCCUCGUCUCUUUCCUCUCCUCUCCAUUCCCCUGCUACCUUUACCACCACCACUCCCCACCCACUCCCCACCCGCCCCCUCCCCGCAGCCUCGCCACUCCCCAGGAAGGAAAAAAAAAUCCCUCGGAUUCCCGCCUCGGACCACGCGGCCCCUCCCCGAUCGCCGGCGAGCUCCCCCGACCCCCCCGCCGACGGUUCCCAGGGCUCGGAGGCUUGGCGCCCGGAGGAGGAGGAGGAGGAGAGGAUCCGGCGCCCAUGUCGGGCCAUCUCGAUCGCCUCGUGCGCCCAGUCUCAGGUUUUGAAGGUUGUUCCAGUCACCACGAUGAGAGGAGAUCAUAUGAGAGGAGAUCAGAUUUUGAAAUCUCCGAAGAUGAAAAGAAGACAAGAAUGGGCUCUUUGAAGAAGAAAGCUAUAGAUGCAUCGAGUAAGCUUAGGCAUUCCUUAAAGAAGAAGAACAGGAGGAAGAGUGGCAGCCGGGUUCUCUCUGUGUCUAUUGAAGAUGUGCGCGAUCUUGGGGAACUGGAAGAAGUAGAAGCAUUUAGACAGGCGCUAAUUUUGGAUGAGUUGUUGCCUACAAGGCAUGAUGACUAUCAUAUGCUGCUGAGAUUCUUAAAGGCAAGGAAAUUUGACAUUGAGAAAGCAAAGCAAAUGUGGACUGACAUGCUUCAAUGGAGGAAGGAAUAUGGUACUGAUACAAUUGUUGAGGAUUUUGAUUAUACUGAGCUGGACACUGUUCUGGAAUACUAUCCUCAUGGUUAUCAUGGCGUUGACAAAGAGGGGAGACCUGUUUAUAUCGAAAGGCUUGGAAAGGUUGACCCUAACAAGCUUAUGAAUGUAACAACUAUGGACAGAUAUGUAAGGUACCAUGUGAAGGAAUUCGAGAGGAGCUUCUUGAUCAAAUUUCCAGCAUGCUCUCUUGCGGCUAAAAGACACAUCAAUUCGAGCACAACUAUUCUGGAUGUUCAGGGUGUGGGUUUGAAAAAUUUCAGCAAAACUGCACGUGAAUUAAUUAUGCGACUGCAGAAAGUUGACAACGAUAACUACCCUGAGACUUUACACCAAAUGUUUAUAGUCAAUGCUGGCCCUGGCUUUCGGAUGCUAUGGAGCACUGUGAAAUCUUUCCUCGACCCAAAAACCACUUCCAAGAUACAUGUACUUGGGAACAAGUGUCAGAGUAAACUGCUUGAAAUAAUUGAUGCUAGUGAAUUGCCAGAAUUUCUUGGUGGCAAUUGUACCUGUCCCGAAUAUGGAGGGUGCCUCAAAGCUGAAAAGGGCCCAUGGAAGGACGCGAACAUACUGAAGAAAGUCCUUAAUGGUGAGGCCCAGUGUGCUCGGCAGAUUGUAACUGUUUCCAAUGGGAUGGAAACUAUUAUUUCUUAUGCCAAGUCUAAGCACCAAACGGUACGUGGAAGUGAUACAUCAACUGCGGAGUCUGGAUCUGAAGCUGAAGAUGUAACUUCCCCCAAGGCUCUAAGAAGUUACAUCUCCCAUCCUAAGUUGACCCCAGUUCGUGAAGAGGUCAAGAUGAUCAGGGCCACUAGCUUUUCUACCCGCAUGCCUGAAUAUGAUAUUCCUGUUGUUGACAAAGCAGUGGAUGCAACAUGGAAGAGAGAACUGCCCCGGAAGGCACCCUUCCCGUCCAAAGACUCUUCUUCUUUGGCUGCCACCACAAAGGCACCCAACAGGUCGCUGGAUCAGGUUAUUCCAGCUCUGAUGGCUUUUGUGAUUGCUAUUGUAACGCUGCUCCGGUCAGUUAAAGAUGUUGCCACAAAGAGAUUGCCACAUAAAAAUGAGUCAGAUGAACAAAGUUCUUCAAUAUAUCAAGACUGCAUUCCCAAGGAGGAGUUCCGCCCCCCGUCGCCAGGUCCUGGGUUUGCUGAAUCUGACCUGUUUUCGUUAGUCUUGCAAAGGCUGGCAGAGCUUGAAGCCAAGGUUCACGCGCUUGAAGAAAAACCUUCCGAAAUGCCUUGCGAGAAAGAAGAGUUGCUUAAUGCUGCUGUCCGCCGUGUGGAUGCACUGGAAGCCGAGCUCAUUGUAACAAAGAAGGCUCUGCACGAGGCUCUUAUCAGGCAAGAGGAACUGCUUGCUUACGUUGACAGGAAGACAAUUGCCAAGGCCCAGAAAAAGAAGAAGAAGCCAAUGUCUUGUUACUAGGACAAGGAGAGAGACCCCCUUGGUUCAGUUUUCCUUUUUCUGAGAUGCCGGAGAUGGCGUUUGAGAUGAUGUAAACGGUUGGUUGAUCCGUUCGUUUUCCUGACAAAUGUGAAAAAGACAGACAUGGGUUUGUAAAUGGACAGAAAAUCCUGACAUAAAUAAAUGUGUUUUUGGGCCGAA